GUUGAGCGAGACAAGUGAUUAAAAAAUGGCAUCCGCGACGACGUCGCACAAUGAAGUUUCGCAAGAAUUUUCUGUCAACAAACUUAUUCGUGUCGGUUAUUACGAAUUGGAAAAGACUAUUGGCAAGGGAAAUUUUGCCGUUGUUAAAAUGGCCACCCACGUUGUGACUAAAUCGAAGGUUGCUAUUAAAAUAAUAGAUAAAACAAAAUUAAAUGAAGAAAAUCUAGCAAAAAUUUUUCGUGAAGUACAUAUAAUGAAACGAUUAAGGCAUCCACAUAUUAUAAGAUUGUACCAAGUAAUGGAAACAGAAAAGAUGAUAUAUUUAGUUACUGAAUAUGCUCCAGGAGGAGAAAUAUUUGAUCACCUUGUACGGAAUGGAAGAAUGCCAGAACCAGAAGCAAGAAGAAUUUUUCGUCAAAUUGUUCUUGCUGUUCGUUACCUUCAUCAACAGAGAGUUGUUCAUCGAGAUCUUAAGGCUGAGAAUUUACUACUUGAUGCAGACAAUAAUAUAAAACUUGCAGACUUUGGAUUUAGUAAUGAAUAUACUCCAGGUGUUCCACUUAGCACCUGGUGUGGGUCCCCACCAUAUGCUGCUCCAGAAAUUUUUGAAGGAAAGCACUAUGAUGGCCCAAGGGCUGAUGUAUGGAGCCUAGGUGUUGUUUUGUAUGUGUUGGUUUGUGGUGCAUUACCAUUUGAUGGACCCACAAUGCAACUACUACGUUCUGUAGUAAUCUCAGGGAAAUUCAGAAUACCAUUUUUUAUGUCUGCAGAAUGUGAGAAACUGAUUAGGCAUAUGUUGGUAGUAGAACCAGAACGACGUUUAAGUAUUUCACAAAUUUUAGCACACUCUUGGAUGGGUGGAGAUGGUACAACAGAACCUGAACCAGGAGGGUGUAAUUCUGAAAAUGUGCCACCACAAUUAAAUCAGGUAGUGAUAGAAAAUAUGUUAAGAUUACCAGGGCUUAGUCCAGAAACAUUGUUAAAAGCAGUUCAAGGAAAUGCUUUUGACCAUGUGUCAGCAAUAUAUAAUCUUCUUGUUGACCGAUUAGAACCAACAAUGCCUAGUUUACCUAGUAUUCAAAGUAUACCAGGAGAUUAUGCUCCUGAUGGAGCACAUCAGUUAGAAAAGUUUGGUGAUACAGAAGCAGAAACAGAAGAAAGAAGUGGAUUGCAACUUACACCUGGCACACCUUAUCACACAACAAGAAGACACACAGUUGGACCUGGUGAUACAGCUCAUCAGCCACCAACAUCAUAUCCUUAUAACUAUAACCAUACUACAGGCGAUCCUGCAUUACGACUCCUUCCUAUACUACAAUAUAAUAAUACUGAUCCUCAAGUGUUACCUCAUACAAAUCUACCCUUAAACCUUCCUUUAGUACAACAUCAACCUCCUCAAAACUUUCAAAUCAAAGAUCAACAUUUAUUAAAGCCUCCUCCUGUGAUGGGAGCAACAGGGAGUUUUGGAAGAAGAGCUUCGGAUGGUGGAGCUAAUCUUCAUGUCUUCUAUCAACAACAUGGCAGCAAUUCUGGUGGUACUGAAGAUGGAGGAUGGAGUCAACCUGGUAGUAGAGAACACUUACAACCUAUACAAAGUGGAAGUCCAACUUUGGUACCAUGUGCUCAGUCAUUAAAUGUUGGAGUUAAUAGUGGAAAUGGUGAUGCAAAUGGUAAUAAUAGUGGAAGUGGAAGUGGUGGUAGCGAUAGAAGAAGACGAAGUGGUGUUACUGCCGUUAUGCAAAGACCAGUUAUAAAUCCGGAAAUGGUAAUGGAGGUGGAAGCUAGGAUGAAUAGAGCUUACCUCCCAUCACGGCUGUUACCAACACAUCUUAGAGGAUCUACACAUGCUAAGAAGAAUCCAUUGUAUCAUACUAGCACUGUAGGCAACAGAGAUUCAUAUAAGGAACCAAGUACUCAUGUUUCUACAGAAAGAUAUUCUCCUGUUCGAAGAGCAUCCGAAGGUUCUGGUCCCCCUGGACCUGGGAUUCAGGCACUUCAACAAGAAUAUCAACAAUUGCAAAGGUUAGCGUCACCAUCACAUAGUCCUGCAAGUAUUCCUGGGUCUCCUGUACAUGAAAGAGGGGUAGCAGCAAUCACACAAGGUUUAAGUGGAUUAACUACAGCAGCAGUACAGGGCAGCAUAGUUCAUGGUACUCCAACACAACCACCAGCAACACCAUUAGAUUUGAGUCCAUUAAGACACCAUAGAUCACCAGCUACCACACCAGUUAGUUAUUCGCCUAGUAACAGUCCAGCUUUGGAUAUGAUUCAAGAAGAACACCCUGUAGAAAUACCAAGGGUACCACCUCAAAUAUCUGUAACAGAUCUUGGGGGACAAGUAACACUAAUUAGUUGUUCACCUUCACCAUCUCCAUCGCCUGAUUCGCUCGAAGAUACGUUACCUCAUUACAGUCCUCUUCCUAGCUUCAUCAUCUCUGAACCAUGUGACCCAUUGAGACCUAGUAUUACACGCGGUAUCGGUAGGCCACUAAAUACGUCAAUACCUACAGAAGUUGAAGUUACAUUAUCUGAUGAAUCGAGUAGGUUGAAUUCAGAAGCUAUACUAGGUCGUGUAAAACAAAUUAUAGAUGCAAGAGCCCCUCCAAAAGGAUUUGUCUUCUCUAGAGAAGAAGUGAAAGGUGGCGGGCUUAGUUUAGAAUACCCAGGUGGUGUUCAAAUUGAACUUAGAGUAUGUGAAUCAGAAGAGAAGGAAGUAAAAGGCAUUAAGAUGCGAAGAAUUAGUGGGGACCAAUUACAGUACAGUCAACUUUGUCAGCAGCUGAUCUCGUGUAUUACUGUUUGACGACAGCCAGCUUAUAAUAUAAUGUUUUCCUUAUAUAUUACGUUACAUUCCUGGUGCCACACACACCACUCAUUACAGUAUUGCACAUGCAUGCUGCAUACGUACGAGCGGUACAUUAAGCAUACCAUUCUUUAUAUUGAUACAUUCAUAUAUGUAACAUUCAGUGUGCUUCGUUUUUCAAGAUUCUUUCUCCUUUUUUGUUUUGAUUUAUAAAUCUGGAAAAGAGGAAAUUUUUUAACUUGUGCAUUAACUUGUGCACAAUAAUUUUUGGGAGUCUUAUUAUUAAGACUUUAAAAGAUAUACAAACAUAUAUGCUUUUACGCAAGCAAGACGAUGUUUUGCUACUUCUAAACAACCUAAGUAUUAACAACCUGGACGUUUUUCAUAAACUUUAAUCGUUAAUGUACAUCACACAUCAUUCCUUUUUGUAGAAUAUUUGUCUUCAUGUUAGAAGUUUAUAGCUAGUAAAUUCAUAUUUUACUGUUCAAAUCAUCAUCAGGUGCCCUUUUUAGCUUAGGUAAAAAGAAAAGCGUCUUUUGUACCGAAUUAGAUGGCAAAAUAUAAGCAUUUUCAUGGUAUAUAUGUCUUUCUAAUAUGAUAGAGAUGUUUUAUAUGGAAUUUACUAUACUUAAUCGAUUGCCAUUGCAGACAGUUUUAAUUUCAUAAUCUAUAUUCCAUGUUUGUAAAUAUUCGUUUUACAAAUACUGCAAUCUUUUUUCUUUUAUGUUAUUGAAACUAGAAGAAUUGCCUUCUUUUUUCUGGUACAAAUAUUACUCCGUUGGAUAAUUUAAUUUUAAUAGCUAGAGACAUAUACAUAAUCUUUUGUAUAGUGCAAAUACACUAUUGUGGUUUGUAGUUCAAAAACUACACAGACUGAGUUACGAUUGUAUAUCUUUCUUUUUUAAAAUUGGAUAUUAACAUUUGUUGCAAUUUUUAAUGAUAUAAUCACAGAUUAUAAAUUUUCGAAAAACAAUGAAAUAUCAGAAUAGAAUACUUUCCAGUGGUUGCACUUAUGGAGCAUUUAAUUAUUGUCAUUUAAAAAGAAAAGUAUGCAACCUAGCUCUCCUUGUGUAACCAAAGAGUUGAAUUGCUUUUAUAGUAUCAAAUAUUGAAGGUACAUCUUUUACCCACAUUUUAAAAACAAAAGGGAAAUAUGAACUAUAAUAACUUCUAGGUAAUAUUAAAUGAAGUUGUAACUAGGCUAGCCCUUUUUUUUAUCAUUAUGUUGCAAUGAUUAGAUAAAAGACAUUAUAUUAGUGUCAUAUAAGAGAAGUAGAAAAUUUAAUUCAUUUAACAUAAACAAAAUAUUUUUCUAAAUUCACUUAUUCGUGAACUAAACAAAAGAUAAUGUGCAGAGAAAUGUUUUCUGUGUAUAGAACAAAGUACAAUGUUUUUUAUAGGAUACAACUUGUACAGCUUAAUUUUUUUCAUUAUAUUAUUAGAUGUGUGUUUAUUCUCUUUCUAGCAAAAAUAUUUUGACUUAAUAUAUUUAUUUUUUAAAUUUAUUUAUUAGGUUCAAUGAUAAUGUUUAACUCUAGAAUGUUUUAAAUUCACUACGAUUACUUUGUAAAAAUACAACACAUGUAAUUCGACGAAUAAUUUAUAUAAUAUAUACAAGUUGUAUUCUAUAAGUGAAAUCGCAAAACGUUGUAUUUCCCGUACUAGUACAUCUUUUAUUUGAAAAUUCCACUUUAAAUCAUAAAUCAAUUUAUGUUUAUUAAAAGUAAUAAUGCUUUUGUUUCUGUAAAUAAUGAAAUUUGAUGUAAAUAUAUGAUAUAUACUAUUUAGAGAUCUCUAAAGUAUACAUUAUAUAGGCUAUUCUAUUUGAGAUAACUGUUUUUAAUAUUUUAAUGCAUUAAAAUAUUUGUUAAUGUAUAAUUAUUCUUGCAGUAUAUUUUAUUAUAAAAUAUUUUGUAAAAAUGUAUAUAUUAAUUUUAGAUUCAAUUAAUAUUACAAUGAAAGAAUAAUCGUGGAAUCAUUUUCAUAUUAGUUUAAAUCAAAUCGUAAAGGAAUUUACAUAUAUUCAAAUUAUAUAAAUAAAUUAUUUCAUUAGAGUUAGUCAAAUCAGAAUAGCCUACCAAUAUUAUGUAAUGCCCAAUUUCCAUCGAAUAAUUAGUAGUUUAUUAAGUUUUAUCAUUUUUAAGUUUUGUUUCUAGAUAUUCAAAUCAAAGUAGAAAUCUUGUACAUUUGCACUUAUAUUAGAAUUAGAUUUAUAAUGAAUAUAUAUCAUUAAAUGUUAUGAUAUAACUUGAUAAUUCUUUGAAGAUUAUUCAAGUUGCAAUUUUCUAGUAAUAUAGAUGGUAUAUUUCAUUAUAAAUCAUUUCCGAAUAAAUCUUCUGAAUAAUUCUUAAUAUAUUAAGUAUUAGAUAUCUAAAAGUAUCUACUACACUAUAUAAAUUAAGUAUAUUGCUAAUACAUGAGAUAAGCGAGAUUACACUCUUAGCAUCUAUUUGCAAAGAUAUCUUAAAGCAGUGAUUCAUUUGUACAAAAAUGUUUUUUACCAAAUAAUGUUUCAAUUUUCUUUCUAUAUUUUGUAUAGGACUAAUAUUAUUUGGGUCUUCCUUACAAAUUUUGAUUUUCCUAUGAUAAUAUUGGAAUGCAUGCUUUUAUCCUUGUACAUGAUGAUGUGUUGUGUAUAUUUUGUAAAUUCUGAAAUCCAGAAGACCAAAAUCUAAUAAUUGAAAACUAUAUAAAUUAUAUUAUUUUAGACAUUUUCUGCUAUCAGUUUAAAUGUACAUAAUUGUUACGAGAAUGUUAAAAAAUACCAAAAAAUUUAAUGACUAAAUAUUUUUUAUUUUAGCUGAAUUUUUAAAUAUCAUGAUUGAGAAUGCAAUUGUGCAUAAACAAACAAAUUCUAUAUUGAUGGAAAAUGGGCAAAAAUAUUACAAUUACGCACAACAGUGAAAGUGUAGAUCAACAUAAUCCAAUUUACUGUACAUAACACAUAUACAUAAUUAUUCAUUUAGGAUACAUACUACGUGUAUGUAUGCAGAAGCAAACUAUGUACAUUGUAAACAUUUGCUAUAUGGAUAGGAUACAGAUAGUAUUUUCUGCUGUCAAUUCUUCAACUAAGACUGUGAUUUUUAAAUAUACUAAUGGCUAGGUAGAUACAAUACAUAUUGAUUAAAUAUGAUAAAAUAAAAAUAAAAGAGAUAUUCAAGA